CUGUAGUGAGGCGUUUUGCCGAGCCGACGUAUUUUAUUCGAGGGUUUUCUGUUUUUUCCGUUUAUUCAACUUGGACGGAUUUCUGAAGUAUGGAGCUCGCUGAAGGAGAUGUCUGGUGAGGAGCAUAAGGCGAUAGGUAAAUUUAUUCUAUUAUUUUUGCAAUCAUGGCGUCUAAUAUUCUCCGCGGAACUUUAGUUCACAGCUAUAGAAGAUACAAUAUCAGAGCUUUUUUGAACCACGAAUUUCAAGAUUUUUGGAAUCCAAUUUUUGUCAAAUACAUCUCAACCAAAUCAAAUGAGCAGUCUUUUACAGUCUCUUACCUCAUUAAUUCAUGUGGGUUGUCGCCAGAAUCUGCUUUAACAGCAUCCAAAAAAUUGCAAUUGGAAACCCCAGAAAAAGCCGACUUAGUACUCACCUUCUUCAAGAACAGUGGAUUCUCAGAAGCACAAAUCUCUGACCUAAUUAGAAGAUACCCAUUACUGCUUUUAUCCAAUCCUGAGAGAAACCUUCGGCCCAAACUUGAGUUUUUUCACUCCAAAGGCUUCUUAAGUUCUGAUCUUGCCUCUGUUUUAAGUCGGUGCCCUACUAUCUUGCGAAGAAGCUUAAAUAACCAUAUAAUCCCUUCUGUUGCUUAUCUAUGUAACUUGCUUCAAUCCACUGAAAAGGUUACUGCCCUAACUAAAUGGUAUCCUUCUAUUCUUACUUGUGAUCUUCAAAUUUUGGUUGUGCCUAAAAUCAAUGUUUUAAGAGAUAUGGGUGUACCUGAGACACAUAUUGUUAGGCUAUUUUAUAAAUGGCCCAUGCUAUUCACAUGUUAUUCUCAUCGUUUCAAUGAAUCUGUGAACUUAUUGAAGAAAAUGGGUAUGAAUCCUUUAACGUCACUGUUUGUUAAAGCUAUUGUUGUAAUGUCAGUAAUGCCCAAAGCCAAGUGGGAUAAGAAGGUUGAUUUUUACAAGAGAUUGGGUUGGUCUAAGGAAGAGAUUCUUGCUGCAUUUCAGAAGAAUCCCUGGUGUAUGAUGACAUCGGAGGAUAAGAUAAUGGCAGUGAUGGACGUUUUUGUGAAUAAAAUGGGUUGGACGCCUUCUGCCAUUGCUGAGCGGCCACAACUGUUUUCAUUGAGUGUGGCGAAGAGAAUUAUUCCUCGUGCUGCAGUUGUUCAGUUUCUUUCAACAAGAGGUUUGCUUAAGAACAAUUUAAUCUCACUUAGCCCAUAUAUUAUUUCUGAUGAAGCCUUCCUGCACAAGUACAUGAAUUGCUAUGAUGAGGCCCCUCAGCUAAAGAAGCUGUACAAAGAAAAGCUGGAUCAUUCAAAGAUGACCAAGCAUUCUAUUAUUUUUGCAAUCAUGGCGUCUAAUAUUCUCCGCGGAACUUUAGUUCACGGUUAUAGAAGAUACACUAUCAGAGCUUUUUUGAACCACGAAUUUCAAGAUUUUUGGAAUCCAAUUUUUGUCAAAUGCAUCUCAACCAAAUCAAAUGAGCAGUCUUUUACAGUCUCUUACCUUAUUAAUUCAUGUGGGUUGUCGCCAGAAUCUGCUUUAACAGCAUCCAAAAAAUUGCAAUUGGAAACCCCAGAAAAAGCCGACUUAGCACUCACCUUCUUCAAGAACAGUGGAUUCUCAGAAACACAAAUCUCUAACCUAAUUAGAAGAUGCCCAUUGCUGCUUUUGUCCAAUCCUGAGAGAAACCUUCGGCCCAAACUUCAGUUUUUUCACUCCAAAGGCUUCUCAACUACUGAUCUUGCCACUGUUUUAAGUCAGUGCCCUCAUAUCUUGGGAAGAAGCUUAAAUAAGCGUAUAAUCCCUUCUUUUACUUAUCUAUGUAACUUGCUUCAAUCCACUGAAAAGGUUAUUGCUGUAACUAAACGCUUUCAUUCUAUUCUCACUUGGGAUCUUCAAGUUUUUGUUGCGACUAAAGUUAAUGUUUUGCGAGGUAUUGGUGUACCCGAAACACUUAUUGUUAGGCUAUUAUAUAAAUGGCCCAUAGUAUUCACAUAUUAUUCUGGACGUUUUGAUGAAACUGUGGACUUAUUGAGGAAAAUGGGUAUGAAUCCUUCAAAGUCACAGUUUGUUGUAGCAAUUGUUGUGAUGUCAAUAAUGCCCAAAGCCAAGUGGGACAAGAAGGUUGAUUUUUACAAGAGGCUGGGUUGGUCUAAGGAAGAGGUUUUUGCUGCAUUUCAGAAGAAUCCCUGGUGUAUGAUGACAUCUGAAGAUAAGAUAAUGGCAGUGAUGGACAUUUUUGUGAAUAAAAUGGGUUGGACGCUUUCUGCCAUUGCUGAGCGGCCACAUCUGUUCUCAUAUAGCUUGGAAAAGAGAAUUAUUCCUCGUGCUGCAGUUGUUCAGUUUCUUUCAUCCAAAGGUUUGCUCAAGAACGGUAGCAUCUCACUUAGCCCCUAUACCAUUUCUGAUGAAGCCUUUCUGCACAAGUACAUGAAUUGCUAUGAUGAGGCUCCUCAGCUAAAGAAGCUGUACAAAGAAAAGCUGGAUCGUACAAUGAUGACCAAGUGAUCAAUAAAUAGUGAUAGAAAUGUAUUGUUUCUGAUAUUUUUACAUCAGAAUCGCUCAAUUCUGUGUCACUUUAUUAUGUUAAAUUCUUUGUAUGCAAACUUCCUGAACAUUUAGUACA